AUGAAUUCUUUGGCCACCACAUCCGCCGAUGCGGAGAAACUGCUUGUUUGUUCGAUCUGUUAUGACGUCGCUGAUGGUCAGCACUUUGGAGCCAACUCUUGCCGAGCUUGUGCUGCUUUCUUUAGGUAUUUUGAGAUCAAAUAUUCCUAUAAACGUCCAUUUCCUUCUUACAAUUAAUUUACUUUACUUUUAGACGAACUAUCUCCAAAAAACUCAAAUACAUCUGCCGGUUUGAUGGUGAUUGUGAGAUUGCAAAAGGUAAAUAAGCAUCAUUGUGCUCAGUGUUUGAUACGAAGGCAUUAAUAUCUAGAGCUGUUGUUCACGUAUUUACCUUACCUUUUGAUUUCAGUUUACCGUUCUUUGUGUCGGGCAUGUCGAUUGGAUAAAUGUCUGGCCUGUGGAAUGAAUGCCUCAGGUAAAUUUACAUUCUUUUUUACUGUUUGCUCAUUUUGAAUGUUAGAAGUUUUAUGUUUUGAACGAAUUGAUCUUGUUAAAACCAUUCAAUUAUCUUCUAGCCGUCCGUUCUGAAUGUGCUGAGAUUGUUCGUCCACCAAAAGCCCCUCGAAAGAGUGUAAAAUCAAUCUCGCAAGACCGAGAUCCCUAUCCCCAUCCCCCGAUUCCUUCAAAUGACUCUCCCAGUAAUGGAGUAUAUGUCUGGGACACCCAGAGAUCGGACUCCAAUGCCUCAGGUGCUGCUAUCUCGGAUGUUUCUUACCCCUCCACCUCCGCUUCUUCGUGGCCUCGCACUUCUCCCACCGGUUCUCCCCAGCCUCAAUCUUUUAUCCAUGAUAUUGUUGACGUCACCCCCAAUGAUUAUGGAGUGGAUUCCCAAACCCUUCCUCCCACUCAUCCGAGCUUGAUGAAGAUGUUGUUGGCCUACGAGAAUAUUCAACGACUCCGAGAUGCAACUUUCAAUCGUUCCAAGGAAUGUAAUGGAUUUCCUUGCAGAGUUUACACUAGAAUCGAGGUAAGAUUUGAUGGGCUUUAUAAUGUUCCGGUUUAGAAAUUGGACAUGUAUUCAUUCUACACGAUGACACAGGCUGAGUUGAGACAUAUCGCGGAAUUUUUGAACAUGUUUGAUGGCUACAAGGAGCUUCCACAUGAAGACAAGGUGAGACUUUACAACUAUUUAUAACUUACAUUUGUUUAGGUAGAGAUUUUCCGCCAUUAUUGGAUCCGGCUUGUAAUCUUGGAAAGGAAUUUCGAUACUUAUCGUGUGCUCGGAGGGAAUCUGGAGGACAAACAGAUCGUCUUCCCUAAUGGUGACAUUGUGGACGUCAUAAAUUGUGAAUAUGACGUCAGUCAGAUCACUGACGUCCCUUUGGAUGAUGUGAGUUUCUCAAUCGUCGUAUUCAACAUGCUUUUUUAGAUCCGACGAUUAAUCCAACCCUGGUAUAAAUUAUCGGCGAAAGAGUUGAUCCAACCCGUGAAAAAGCUCGGCCCAAGUGACGUGGAGAUGAUGUUUUGUCUCGGAUAUAUGCUUUGGCACUUCAGUGGUAGGUUAUUCUUUUAGAUCAUUGUUAUUAACCUCUUCAGUUGUAUAUUAUGUAUACCUUGUUUUAGCUGAAACGGCCUCCAAACUCUCUCCGAAUACUGUUUAUAAGGCCGAGCAAACUGUAAAUCAAUUAUAUGACGAGUUGUGCUCGUAUUACAGUACUACUGUCAGUGUGGAUAAUGUGGUGAGAAGAGUGGCCGAACUCAUGAGCUUCAUCUCAUCAACCGAAGUGAGUUACUGUGGUCCAAUUCCAAUACUUUUAUUACUCUUUUUAGAAGAUUGUAAUGUUCCGAAAAGAAGAUAUCAUCUUGGCCCGGACUUUCCUCAACUUCAAAGUCGAUAUUUUCAUGGAGGAAUUGUUCGAGAAGGCUGUUUAG